AUGGACAUUCAUCCUAUUGUCCGAUCCAUAGGUAGUAAUUCUUUUGUUUCAACUGUCUCCCUUAUGAUGUUUUCUGUUGUGAGCGACGAGAGCGGGAUAGCGAAGCCACAGCCGUCGCCGGUGGUGAUCGCCGCCCAGUUCUUGGCGGGUAUGUUGGUGCUCGACACAUGGCAGUGCUUCAUGCAGACGUACAUGCACGCGAACAAGUCCGUGUACAAGCACGUGCAGUCGAAGCACCACACGCUGGUCGUCCCCUACGCCUUCGGCGCGCGGUACAACCAUCCACUGGAGGAUCUGCUACUCGACACCGUCGGCGGCGCGCUCGCCUUCCUCGUCUCCGGCAUGACGCCGCGGACGGCCGCCUUCUUCUUCUCCUUUGCCACCGUGAAGACGGUGGACGACCACUGCGGGCUGCGGCUCCCGGACAACCUGCUGCAUGCGUUCUUCAGCAACAACAGCGCCGACUAUGACGUCCACCACCAGCUUAACGGCAGCAAGUACAACUUCUCGCAGCCCUUCUUUGUGAUGUGGGAUAGGAUUAUGCGAACCUACAUGCCCUGCUCGCUGGAGACGAGGAAGGAGGGGAGGGUUCGAAGCCGGGCCGAUCAAACCCAAGAGCUAAUGGAUCCAUCCAUAUCUUGCGUUUAAGAUUCUCGUGAUUAAAGGUGCCCGCUGUGUUCUGAUUCGUGUUGUAUUGGUUGCAAAUAUGAAGCAAAUAAAAGGCAAAUUUCUUUUUUUUUUUUUUUGUAAUAGAAAUUUUAAAUGGAAACAUGAAAUGUGGAUUUUUUAUUAUAUUUUAAUCUUCAGAAUAUUUUAUGAUUAAUGAUUAAGAGGAAUCUAGAUUAUUUAUUUAUUUAUUUAUAUGUUUUCAUAUUUUUGAUAUAAUAAGUUUAUCUAUAAUUUUUAAUAUCGUUCUUUAAGAGCCACGUGAUUAAAAGUGUUUCGCGUUCAGAUUCGUGUUGCAUUUGUUGCUAAUGUGAAGUA